AUGGGUGGAAAUAUGACAAAAGUUCUUCCUCAUCUUUACAUAGGAGGCAAUGAAAACGCAAGAGAUGAAGGCGAACUCAUUGCCAACUGCAUUACCCACAUACUUACAGUUCAAAGCACCGAAGCUGAGAUAAAUAAGCUAUCCAAAUACGAAUACCUUAAGGUCUAUGUUGGAAAACCGGCUAGUAAAUGUCUACUUAGGGUAAUCCCGCAGACAAAUGACUUCAUUCAUGCUGCGCGAAUGCAGAGCGGAAACGUUCUUGUUCACAGUGAAUCCGGCAUGUCUGCUAAUGUUGCUGUGGUCGCAGCCUAUCUCAUGACAGUGUACAACUUAAGCAGCAAGGUUGCCGUCUCCACAUUACAAGGACUAGUUCCUCCCGCUCAUCCUGUAACGUCUCUACAGAAUCAGCUCGAUCGUUUCGAUCCAGAGACUCCCACAAAUAUUCGUGGUGAUGCACCCAUCUCUGCUGCUUCAGAGAGGGAAAGGUUGUUGGUUAAAUUCGGUCCUUGGUCUCACAUGGAGAGGGAUCAACGCUUCCUAAAAGCUGCUUUGGAGGCUCACGAUGAGUUGAAAGCCUCAGGAGCAUUCCUCAUCUCCUCAGGAGAAAGCAGGCCACGUCAAAGGACUCCUUCACCACCCCCGAAUACCACCGCCAAACUUGUCCUACCCAAAGAUAAGCACUCUCCCUCACCACCUGAUCCAGCAUACUUGAAUCCGGACGGCGAGUUUCGUUUCGAUGACGCGCAUGGUACGAGCGGCAAAUCAGAUGAGGAUGGUUUCGAGCGCAUCCCCACCUCUCCUGACGACUCAGAGAAGAGCCUGGCUGACGAGGACGCAAUCGUCGGGUCCAUCCCGGUGCCACGGCCGGGUGUGACAAGUAUGAGCCUGGCUAAACAAAGCGUCGUCGGUGGCGUCAGUCAAACGCAAGUCCCUAAUGCGCGCGCUGAGAAGAUGGCAACGACGUCUGUGGCGGAUGAGAGCGAGAUGAUGUUUGAGAUGACUGACGAGAUUCGUAUUCGAUUGGACGCUGCUGCAGCUGCCAGUGAUGGUCAUGUACCGUCCACAGCCCCUGUUUAUCACGAUUUCACGCAGCGCAGGCGGCUUUCACCUUGA